CUUGGGCCUGCUUUGGGGUUGGGGUCGACUGCUGCGGCGCUCCCUGCUGGGCCCGGCCCCGGCCCGCGGCCUGAGGGAAGAAUGAUUCCUGAUGGAGAGCGGAGCGUUGGGGGAGAGAUGUGACCCUGGUGUCGCUGUGGGUCGGAAAAGACUCGGCGACACAAGACAAGACACCCCAGCGCUUAGAACAGAGCUUGGCACACAGUAAUGGUGGAGUUUCAAGAAGGGAAGACGACUAUAAUUGAAGGCCGAAUCACGGAGACGGCCAAGCCCAUACCGGAACCCCCCAACCCCUCCGGCCAGUGCCCCAUCUGCCGCUGGAACCUGAAGCACAAGUACAACUAUGAGGACGUCCUGCUGCUGAGUCAGUUCAUCCGCCCUCACGGAGGGAUGCUACCUCGGAAGAUGACCGGCCUCUGUCAGGAGGAGCACCGCAAGAUUGAGGAGUGCGUGAAGAUGGCCCAUCGGGCAGGUCUGCUGCCAAAUCACAGGCCUAAGCUGCCCGAAGGGUUCGUACCCAAGAGCAAACCCCAACUCAAUCGGUACCUGACCCGCUGGUCCAGCCGCUCCGUCAAGCCCAUCUUCAAGAAGGGCCCCCGCUGGAACCGAGUGAAGAUGGCCGUGGGUUCGCCCUUGCUCAGGGAUAACGUCAACUACUCCGGGAAACCCCUGUUCUUCUACCAGUGACGCCCCCCGCCCCGCCUGCAACCUGGUCCAGGCCCCAGGGAGGAGGAAGAUCCCACCCGGCGUGGCCGUGACGUAACUCGUUUGUCCUGGGUCGGGGGCCGGCAGCUGUCCGGGGAGGGUGAGCCGGCCGGCCCCGAGAUUAGGGGACAGAAGUUUCACCCGAGGACUGUCAUAAACCCCUCUCCUGUUCUCACUCCUC